AUGGUGCUGUUAGGGUUGUUGGACAAUGCGAUGGUCAAAUCUCUUGUUCUUAUGUUUAGUUUGGCGUUGAUUUCUGAGUUUGUGGGAGCUCAGAAUGACACGGAGCCUAUAGUCCUGGAGGGCAAAUGUCUUGUGGUUUGCGACUCUAAUCCGACUACAGAUUGGAAGGGCUCGUCCUCUCCUCUAGGCAUUUCGGUGCGUGCGGCAAACUCCAAGGUGGCUUUUUCUGCGGUCCGGAGCAACAAUCAUGAACCGUCGGAGAUGAGCAAUAAAACAAGAAUCAUAUACUUCGACCAAGUAAGACUUUUGGUUGUUUUUGAUAUAGGGAUGUUUUAUUUUACUUCAACUUUAUAACAUCAAAGUUGCAAUGCUGUUUAAGUUCAACGUUUUAUAUAGAUAAUUGAACACACAGCGACAGGUUAUUUUCCCCAAAGUAUAACUAAAUACAAAUCAUCUUUAAAAAAAUCGUUCUAGAAGGGUCUAACGUUGGUUUAGAGAGCAACCUACAUGUAUCAAUAAUAGCUCGCCUAAUGAUUGAUUAAUCAAUAAUAAAAUGAGCAUAGCUCACAUGUGAUAAAACACAAAGGGCUAUGCAUGACCAGCAGGCAGCAGCAAUGGGUUUAUCACUGAGAAUAAUGCAUAACACACUCACACCUACCCGAGUCUCUCUCUCUCAUUUACACUUUGUGUAUGUGAUGAGGUGUGAAUGACGGAGUCAGGCAAAGAAGGUAAAACACCGAAAUCCAGAGUUUAUUCAGUGUACAUGAAUAAAGCGCAGCAAGCGUCAAAACAACACUAGCACAAGGGAAAAAUCCACCUUGGCUACAUACAAGGAAAGCGUAACUCAACCGAGCUACUCACUCUCACAAUGAACAAUCACUCACAAAGGACAAGGGGGCAGAGGGAACACUUAUACACAGACUAAUGAGGGAAUGAGUACCAGGUGUGUGUGAUUGACAAGACAAGACAAAUGGAGUGAUGAUAAAUAGAGCGGUAGUGGCUAGUAAGCAGGUGACAACGAACACCGAAACCUGCCCGAGCAAGGAGGAGGGGCAGCCUCGGCUGAAUUCGUGACAGUGUAAGCAAGCUCUGAAUUGAGAGUGCCAUUUUUGAUUGAGUAAAUGCAGUGCAUUUAACUUUUGUUCCCUUUUUGAAUUAACCUAAAAUCACUGUUUUAUAUCACCUCCUGGUGGCACCUCAACUGGCAUAACCAACACCUUACAUAAAUCAUUGGCUGAAUAUGCCUAAUUGGAAGCCUGACUAUUGGACAAGAGUGCAGCUCCUGUGUCAAGUAGUUGUUGUGGGACUAGUAAACUGCAUUUACACUGGCAGACCAAUUCUGAUAUGUUUUCCACUAAUUGGUCUUUUGACCAAUCACAUCAGAUCUUUUCACUUCAGAGCCAAUUCUAGUGCUGCGUGAUUAACCAAAAUGCCAAUUAUUUUUCCGUUUUUUAAACAACUAAUUGACUGAGGUCGGUUCAAUUAUUGGUGCAAGUUUUGGUUUUUGCCCUAGCACAACAGCUGAUUCAAAUAACCAACUCCUCAUCAAGCUCAUAUUAUUUGAAUCAGCUGUGUAGUGCUUGGGCAAAAACCAAAACGUGCACCAAGGGGGGCCCCCAGACCGAGUUUGGGAAACUCUGAUCUAAAUGAUUGAUAGUUGGUAUUCAGCAGUCAUAAAAGUAUGCCUUAUUUACUUUGAAGAACUACUAAAAUAGUGAUUUUGUCAGGCUGCAUAGGCAGCAGCUCUACAGAGAUGAGAUGAUGACUAAGAAUGAAAUAAAGUCAUCAAAUAAAACAUGUAAUAUACACAAAAUCUGAAAUAUUUUAUUAAAGUAAAGUAAUAUGAAUAACUGAUGGUUAAUAAGUGAUAAGCAGUAAUGGGCAGUCACUACCAUCAUGGGACUUUUAUUAAUUGUUUUAUUCUGUGUUACAGCAUUCAACCCACAUAAUGCAUACAGUAAAUGCAUAGUGCAUUUAAUGUAAAAAAAAUAAAUCGAAACCAAACUGAUGUCAAAAAGCACUAAAGGCUCAGCACUACCCAAUUCUGAUAUUUUUCCCACUAAUUGGUCUUUUGACCAAUCACAGCAGAUCUUUUUCAGGACUGAUCUGAUUGGUCAAAAGACCAAUUAGUGAAAAAAAGAUCAGAAUUGGGCUGCAUGUGUAAACGCAGCCUUUGGGUCUUGUAGGUUGUCAUCACACUGCUUGUGAUGUCAAAUCACAGGAUUAAAACUGUCAGUACAUUUUCUCUAAGGAGUUGAGGUGUCUACAACUACUGAAAUAUCCCAGAUUUAACACUAUAGUAUUGUCACCAUAGUUGUGUCAGCAGAAGAAAAGAUGGUGUUUAAUGGUCCAGCUGGUUAACAGUCCUUAAAAAAAAAAUCUCAAUAUUAAAUCAUUUCUGGGUAACAAUUAAGUACCUUACUGUGGUUGUUUUCAAUUAAAAUUGUAAAAAAGACACAAAAAUAGCUUCUUAGCAAAGCGCAAUUUCUCAAGCAAGAAUAUUGCUAGGUCUGUCUGGGAGUGGUCUGAGUUGGGAGGGGGAAACUGAAAAUGAGCUGUUAUUGGCGGAGAGGUUUGGAACUCUCUUAUUGGUCUAUUAACUAAUUUACCACAUGGUGAUGUCACCAUGGAAGGCCAAAACUCCCUCCUACCAAAACAGUCUGAAAUUUCAGGUGGUUGUUUCAAACAGCUCUUACACUGAAAGGGCAUCAGAAUUUUAACAAUUUCACAGUAUUAUUCCAACCUCAUAGUGUGGAACUAUAUAUAAAACACAGGAAAAUCACAUUUUUGACUGCACUGGGCCUUAAAGCAAUAAUUAUUCUGGUCUGACUUGAAUAGUCAGCGAGGAUAAUAUUUUUUCACUUUCUAAAAUGCUUUAUUCUUCUUUCCCCAGGUUCUUGUGAAUAUAGGCAACUAUUUCACUUUGGAGUCAGUGUUUUUAUCACCCAGAAAAGGGAUCUACAGUUUUAAUUUUCACGUUAUAAAAGUGUACCAGAGUCAGACUAUACAGGUAAGCUAUUUUUUUUGGCCAAAUUGAUUCAGCAAUUUAGUUCUAGUUAUAAUAUAAUGUGAUUCCCAUGAGACAUACUUUUCUAUACAUUGGCCAUGGCUACAUUAUUUGAAAGGGCCUUGUAAUGUAUUAGGAAAUGUGCCUAAGACUAUUGUGUCUAAGUCUAUUCUAUUGGGACAUUUGGAUUUGUAUUGACAGAAUGGUUAUUAGAGGAAGCAGAAACAAAUCUCGGACAAAGAACUUGAUUUCAAUAGAUGCGAGAGUUAGCCGUGUUAGGAAAAUGUCCUGUAAAACUUCAAUGGGAAAUCACAGACACUGAAUGGCACUGAAUGGCUUCUCUUUGCAAAGCUCCAAAGCCUGGAGAGUUAUGGGCUCUCUCUGGGUGGGAAAAGGGGGAGUAGACUACAUGAGCUUAUUAAACAGACAAUCUUAUUAUUCUGGCUAUUUAUGAAAGUGACAAAACUAAGCUAAACAAUUAUGUUUUUUUCCAAAGUACAUCAUCAAGGGAAGGGCUGCUGCAUACUGCACACAUUUUAACUAAUAGCAAUAGUUUAUAGCAAAUAGCUACAGUAGGUAGCUGUGGAUGAUGACGAUGUUUGGCAAUGGGCUUGCAAUCAUGGCAAGAUAUGUUUGUAUAGAACUGUAGCUACAUUAGCUGCAUUUCUCCCCUGUCUCGUUUAUUUUUGCUCAUUGCUGUCUCUUUGGGUCAUCCAGGUGAACUUAAUGUUGAAUGGGAAACCUGUCAUCUCAGCUUUUGCGGGUGACAAAGACGUAACUCGAGAGGCAGCCACCAAUGGAGUUCUGCUCUUUUUGGAUAAAGAGGACAAGGUCUACCUUAAACUGGAGAAGGGAAAUCUAGUUGGCGGAUGGCAAUACUCUACGUUCUCUGGUUUUCUUGUUUUCCCUCUGUAA